AGAUUUCGAGACAUCUGUCACUGACAUAUAAAUCUAAAUUCUGUAUAUAAAUAUAUUUUAUUAUAUAUAGAGGUCUAUACUCUAUAUUAUUAGAAUCUUAUUUAGAUGACCUAACCCCUGCCCAUAGUCAUAGUGAUAUUGAUUCAUUGAAUCAUAAUGGAGUUACAUUAACAGUAUAAAAUGGCAGUUGAUUUAGUUACUAUUGUUGGAUGGGCAACAAUUCUGGUCACAUUUGUCAUGAUGGGGUCUGGAAUACCUGCUUGCCUCAGAAUGCUCAAAAAUAAAACAACUGAAAAUGUUCCUUAUGCUUUGUUUUUAUUGUUUUCUUUUGUUGGUCUCUUAGGGUUUCAAUAUGCAAUGCUGAUAGAAAAUAAAACAUUGGCUUUUAUCAAUCUUACAUCUGUAAUGGUGUGGGGAGCUUAUGCCAGCAUAUAUCUCUAUGUAACUAAGCAAAAGGCUCAAGCUGUGAAGUAUUUCUUGGUAGCAGUAAUUCUCUAUGCAGCACAAUAUUUAUAUUUGAACCAGUUGCCACAAUCUGAAGUAACUGAAACUUUAGGUUUCUUUAUGUUGAUAUGUUGUCUACUACUCAACAUUUUACCAGCUGUUGAUUGUGUGACAAUAUUGAAAGAAAAGUCUGGGGAUUGUUGUGAUCUGUCUAUGUUACUGGGUGGAACGUUGUGUGCAAUAACUUGGUGCCUUUACGGCUCCUUGGUGAAGAACUUCAAUAUAUAUUUUCCCAGCAUUCCUGGCUUGCUUAUUUCCAUAGUAAAGUUGAUUUUAGUUGUAUAUUAUGGCAAGUCCAUUAAAAAGAUUGACUAAACUUACUAUUCAAUGAAGAAUACGAAUAUGAUCAUGGUAUGAUUGUAUAGUAAGUCUAUUCUCAUGGUAUGAUUGUAUAGGUUUUAUUUUUUGAGCAUUUAGAUGUGUGCUUGCAGUUUAGACACUUGUAACAAUUUAUUUCUCAGUAAUUUUUUACAAAUAAAAAAAAAUUGAUUUUGAUUGAAAAAUGUUUUUUUCUUUGUAAAACAAACAACUUCAAAUGUUAGUCAUGCCUUUGUAAAAGUUCAGUCAUGGUGUUGAUUUAACAAUUGGUUGAGAGUGAUACACAAAGUUGAAAUUAUUUAUUUUUUUUAUGUUCUUUUAUACAAGUUUUAUUCUAUUAUUUUGUCUAGUUAAUUUGUUUACCUACACUGCCAGUUUCACACUUUUCUUUACGAUCUAAAUGGCACCUUAUUAUUUACCUAUUAAUAAAGAUUGAUGUAUUAUUAGCUAAAUGUUCAAUUUUGACAAAUCGUUUCCAUGUUUCCAAAACAUAGAAUCAUAGAUAGUGUUAACACGAGCUUGUUUUAUCUAUUUUAUUAACAGACAAUUUAGAGAUACAUAUUUUAGUCUGUGCCAAUUAUUGUGAUUAUUCAUCAAGAAGAAAGUAUAAAAUUGAUUUGUUGUUGGAUUUGUACACAUUUGUGUUUUACAAAUGGAGAAAGGUUGAACUUUUUCUUUCAAUUACCAUGUCUACCACUCAGUUGUUCUUCUUUGGGGGACAUUUUGUUGUAUUACAGGGAGAAAUAAAUACUUGCCACUGCGCAAUUAACCUCAUCAAAUCCUUCAGAAAUAAGGAUGAUUAUAUUCUAGCCCUAGCAUCCUGCAUAACAGGAUGGGAUACCAUAAUGCCAGGAAGUGAUUUUUGGAUUUGAUUUGCCAAAUCAUUUUUGAAGAUUUCAAAAUUAUUACAUGAAAUUAUAACAUUAUAUACAGAAAUUUGUGGAGGCGCGGUGGCUGAGCGGUAAAGUGUUUGACUUCCAAACCGGGGGUCCUGGGUUCGAAUCCUGGGAUUUUUAAUUUCGGGAUCGUUGGGCACCUCCAAGUCCACCCAGCUCUGAUGGGUACCUGACAUUAGUUGGGGAAAAGUAAAGUGUGUUGGUCGUUGUGCUGGCCACAUGACACCCUCGUAAACAGUAGGCCACAGAAACAGAUGAUCUUUACAUCAUCUGCCCUAUAGACCACAAGGUCUGAAAGGGGAACUUUACUUUACAUACAGAAAUUUACUAUUAUUUCAAAUGUGCUAUGAAACUUGGCAGCAGGGGUUUUGUUUGUCUCCAUAUUACCAAGCUCAUUUUGCUAUUGGAGAGAUUAAGAAGAUGGGGUCUAUUUAAUGAAACUAAAGGUUGAUAUAAAAGUUCUGCUUUCUUCUCACCUAACUAUAAUAUUGAUAUAGUUAGGACAUGUACACAUUUUUGUUGAAAAUUUUCAUAUUUAUUCCUAAUUUUGCUGUUUUAAAAUGUUGUGCAUAAUCAGCUUUUAUGAAUCCUUUACCUUUCCUGCCUUUGGGUUGUAAUAGUGCUGUAUUUUCAUAAUAUUUUGAAAAAUACAUACAUUGAUUAUCAAAUAGUUUAUUUUUCUAAUGCUUUCUGCUAUGUCAUAGUCUUUAAAUAUAUAUGGUUUAAAAAUGUCACAAAGUUAUCAGUUGCUAAAUGUAUUUCUAGAACCACUUGCUAUAAUGACUUUAUUGGUAAACAGAAUAAAUUGUGUAUAUCUUGCAGUGACUAUAGCAAUUACAUUUUCUUUUUUUUAAAUUAAAAUUUUCAAAAGUAGUGGUUUGAAUCUCCCUUUAUAAAUAAUACAUUUUUAGUUCUUUUAAAAUGUAACUGCAUUAAAAGCAAUGGUAAAUCUCGUUGUUACAAAUGGAAGUCCAAAGAGUAUCAAUUAUUUAGAUUUUGAUCUCUGUCAAUUUUCAUUUUCAUAAUUGGUCACAAAAAUGGGAAUGUAAUACAUGAUUUUCUAUUUUAACUGAAGUAUUAUAGAGACAGUCAGCUAUAUAGAUCUAAUGGGUGAAGAUAAUAGAAUCUUUAAGAAAAAUAUGAUUAUGUUAAAAGCAAAAAGACUGCUUAAGUUGUUUUAGAGUUUAAAAAAAAGCCCCUAGUAGAUUUUAAAUAUCUGUCCAAAACAGUUUGCUAAUGUGACUUUCAUGUUUAGUGAAGAUGUUACUUUCUAUUCAGUUGUAUGUGCUAUUUGAGAUGAGAAAUGAAUAUCAAUAAAAUGUAUGCAUUCAGAGUUGUAUUCAGAUAAGCAUUUUCUAAUAAAUUUUGGUCUAAAAGUUUUAAGUAAUACAAUUUAUUGGAAAGAAAUAUUCAGAAAAAAUGUAUUUAGAAAUAGAGUGGAAACCGGUUAAUCAAACUGCAUUGGGAUGCAAUCAUUUUGGUCCCAAUAACUGUCUAGCCAAAUUAAUUGGAUUUGACUGUAUAAUAGGAAAUGUAUCAGUACUUGGGAUUUGAUCUAAAUAAGCAGCUGAAAUUAACCAGUGGUCCAGAAAUUUGACUGUAGUGAAUUGAAUGAAUACUUUCUUUUCAUUGUUUUCAUUGAUUAAUAUUAAAAACUCUUAAUUUUUUAAUUUAUUUUUGUAUCUACAUUAAGGUGAUAGAAAUGUACUGAACAGCUAAUAUUAAUACCAUAGUUUUCCUUAGUGUAAAUUUUCUCACCAAAAUAUCAGAUAGGUUAGUCUAGCAAAUUUGAUUAACUAAAAUGAUUCUGGCAGUUUUUACUGUAUGUUAUUAGUAGAGAUGGGAAACGAACCCGAACCGAACGAACCGAACUCGAACCUCACCUAUGACCGAACCGAACCCGAACUGAAACUGCUUGGUACAAACCGAACCGAACGAACCCUCCUUUUCUUAACCGAAUUAAUUUUGCAAUUUGUACAUCCUUUUUUUUUAAUUUUUGGUUUUAAAAAAAAAUUACUUAAAUAUUUUAUUUAAAUUCUAAUGAUUCCAUUAUACUUUGAAAACUUGGGAGGGUUGGGGGGGGAGGGGUAUUUUGAAAACUUUAAAAAGAAAAAAAAAGCGGCGCGCUGGGGUUCCCAUGGGUUUUUCCGUAUGUGCCGACUCCCCCCUGGCCUUGAAUUUUCGCGGGCUGUUUGCAAUAUUGGUUUUGAGUUGAAUAGGCGCCCUCUAAUUAGGAUAAUUAGAUCUAGAUGUAGACUCUAGUUCCUAGUAAGUAGAAAGUCAACAUUAAAAUAUUGUCACUUUUAUUUGAGAUGGCUGUUAGUUGAGAGUAGAAUAUUUUUUGCUGAUUAUAGAGUGUAGAUAUAAAUCUACAAUAAGUUCAUUUGUUUUCUAGUUUAAAAUAAAUUUUAAUUAUCUUCUAUUAAGUGAAUUAAUUUUACAAAAUUGUGACGUAUUCCAUAUUGGAAUAUUAUCAGUGGCGUAGCAAGGGUGGGGGAGGAGGGGGAGAAAUGGAAAAUCUCCCCGGACCCCCACUUGAGGGGGCCCCAAAUUAGUGUUUUUUUUACAAUAUUCAAUAUUACGCAAAAUGCAGGGGGCCCCAAAGAGGUCCAGCCCCUCCUGGGCCCCCAAAUGAUUUGUUUUGCAUUAUUGAUCAUCAGUAUUUUUAAUGUAGCGUUUCUCAAACUUUGGGUCCUCCCCCGUGGGUGUGGAUGGCGAGUACCUUGAAUUGGGGGAUGGGGAGACGCAACUUCCUGACAAAAAGGGGUGUCAUAGAGUGUGUGUGUGUGGUGUCUGGUGGCGAUAAGAAGAGGUUAAGCGACUGAUAUGAUAAGGCUUGUCUUCGAGUCCGAAGAUUAGUGAGGAAUGUUUUUCCCAUGGCUGCGCAGUCCCAGAUGUGACCUACAUAUUUUGCCACAUCCAGAGCAAGCAUAACCACUGUCUGCAGGUGGUCCAUUUAGUUUUUCUUUUCGCGUCUGCUGAUUUUUGUUUGGUCUCAAAUGUGUAUCCCGCGGCCUUCGGGAGUGAACUCCAACUGACUCGUUCUGAGGCCGCAUGUAACCAGGUGCUCUCUUCUAUGUCAGCUAAGCAAAGUUGACUCCUAAGCUGGUCUUUGAAGCAUUUCCGUGGGGCGCCUCUGUUAUGGCGGCCAUCCUUUAGCUCACAAAAAAAAAAAUAAGACUGUCUUUGGCAUACGUUCGUCUCCCAUAUGGGAUACGUGCCCUGCCCAGCGUAACUGACGGACCUAAAGAAGUCCCUCUAUACUAUCCUUACAGGUAAAAAUAUAAAACGCCUUUAUUGGUUCAAUUGUACUAGCUGUUUGUAAGUGACAAACCAACGACCAACUAACAAGGAGAGGGGGCGUCGGAAAAAAAGUUUUAUUUUCAGUUUAACUUAUCUGAAUAUUAGUAUAAUUACAUGUUUAAAAAUUAAAAUAUAUUAAGUAGGAGAUGUCAUUUUAUCUUCUAAUAAGACCUUGUCAACUGUAGACUGCUUUUUGCGAGGCGCGUAUGCACAAUAUGGGUCAAAACGUUUUGAAGAAAACAUUUUAAAACAUCUCCGCUAUUGAGAUUCUUCCGUAUAUUGCAAUUUAUUAUAGUGACGACUUAUGUGCGAAAACAAAUCCUCGAUAGAGACGUCUUUACACGAAGAAUAUUUGUUUUUUUAUUAUGAUGAAUAGUGCGUUCUGAAAGAAUGCACAUCGAUAUUAGCCUUUUAAAAAAAUAUCUCUUCUUACUAAGAGAAAAAGGUUAGAAUACGCUUAGCGCCGAGUCAUGCCCAGAAUUAAACCACUUGCCGACUUGAGCAAAAACCUGCCGCAUCUUUAAUUCUAUCUCCAUUAAGAAAUUUUUACAAUGCUUAAAAUGUGUGUAGGCAACAUUAUUUUGGAAAAAGUAUUGCCCAUAGGCCUAUUAUAUGUUGCAAAGUAUUUGUUUUAUGUAAAAAUUAAACUUAAAGUGUUUUAUCUGAUAAAUUGUAUUAAACCUUAUAACUUAAUUUUGCUAUUACAUAAUUUCAUAACAUCGAACCGAGCCGAACCCGAACUUUAGACCUGACCGAACCGAACCGAACUCGAACUAUACUCGUCAUCGAACCGAACUCGAACUUAAAUCUGACCGAACCGAACCCGAACUUUAAAAGUUGGGUUCGAUUCCCAUCUCUAGUUAUUAGUCGUCCAAUGCUUUGGAUUUACAUAUUUGUCAUUAAAUAUCUAGUACUGAAAAACUGCUGCUUGUGCUGUUGUUACUUAACACAUUUUGAAGUUGAAAUUAUUUGAUAUAUGUAAACAUUUUUAUAUCUCUUUAGUUUAAAAUCAUUUGAAGAAUUUUUAUUGGAGAAAGCAAAAGCUGUUAAAAAAAAAUAAUAUAAAAAGUUUAAAAACUUUAAUUUAGUUGCUCUUGCUGAUCACAUGAUACCUUUUGUUUAUUUUUUUUUUUUUAAAUACCGGUAGAUGUUUAAUAAAGCAAAAUAAGUAAAAGUUUACUAAGUGUUAAUUCAAUUUUAUAAUACAAGUGCAUAUAUAUAUUAAAUUAAGGCCAGCAUGCAAGAUUGAUAAGACCAGUGCCAAGAUAAAACUCAUUUAUUGAGUGAACCAGUUGAGGACAAGUUUAUGUUCAUGUGUACACUGUAAACAAAACAAUAACGACCAACUUAGAGUAUUGACAAAACUAAUGAGUACUGCAUGAAAACAAGUCUUUUUAAUACAUUUGAGGCAUGCAGCUGUAGACACAAGUUAGGGUUACCUACAUGGUCAAGACAAAAAAAAAACUAUCUCUAAUUAAGUGAAAAUUCUUGACAAGACAACAAUUACAGUAGUUAUAAUGCUUUAACAUGAUGGGCUAAUGGAUUGUGUGCUUCAGAGGAAUACAAAAGUUAAUUCAGCAUGGAUUUUUUUGUGGAUCAAAUUGCUUUUAAAAAAAUACAUUUCUAUUUUUAGUACACAUCUUUUACAAAAUACCCACAUCUAAUGAGAAAAAAAAAAAUUCCCUUGAAAAUAGCUAGAUCCUGAACACAAAGACUAUAUAUAUAUAUGAGAAAAAAAUGCGAAAUAUUCUAAUUAGUUUUUAAAAAAAGCACAAAAUUCAACUAUACACAAGCCAAUUUUAAAAUUACAUAAUGGUCCCACAAGUUGUCAGCACAUAUAAUCAAAGCUAUUAUGUAGCCUCCAAGUCAGUGUCAUCCAUCCCAACAUAAAAAACAAAUAUCAGAGCAGAAGUAAUAGUUAAAAGCUUGAUUUUGUCUGUUGAUGGUAAUGUAUCAGACUGUUGAAAAGUGUUUACUCUAUGCUUUUAUUUUACAAAGCCAUGUUUAACAUCGUUACAUAAAAUUAUAAUGGAAUUUCUAUUCAACUCUCUGUCAUCAUAAAUUUAAAGUGUGACCAUUACUUAAAAUAAACCUAUAAUUUGAUGAACAAAAAAAAAUGUAUAUAGCAUACUAGAUUACUAGUCCAUUAUAGGAAAAGGAGAUUUAAUUUGGGCUCUAGCGUUGAUUUUUUUAAUCUUCAUUCUUCAAAUGUGAGUCAUAGAAAUAUAUAUUUACAACUGUCAUAUACAAGGUACAAUAAACAAGUAAAAAAUAAAAUUAGGUAGCUGACAGCCUUGAUUAAAAUUUGCAAGAAUUAAAGGUUAUCACAAAUAUUAGGAAUAAAGUAGUCUUAACAAGUUGUCUCUGUGCAGAGCUCUGCAGUAGGAGUUGUGUAUUGAAUUGUGAUAUUGACUAGGUGUGAUGAGAACAGUUUGGAAAAAUCAAUCAAGUGGUAUUAAAAGUGGGGAAAAUUAUUUGUGAUAAGGAGAAAUGAAAAACUUAAGCUUUAAGAAGUAAUUAUAAAUAGCUUUCCAAUAGUUUGCUGUAGUACGUAUGUAAUCCAAAUGAACAAGCAGAACUUGAAAAUAAGUUGCAGAUAUCAAGCAUACACACACACACAUUAUUUAGCCUAGCUCACAAGUUUAUACUUAAACAAUCGUACAUGAAAUAUCACUUCCGGAUCAACAAAUACAGAAUUGCACAAAAACAUUAUAAUGUAAAUGUACAAUAUAAUAAUAAAAAACAAAGUAUUAUCCAAGUUUAAUCUAUCACGUUAGUCUUCAUUUUCAAUCAUGUGAACAGAAAGACAAAUAAUUAAAGUAAAUGGAGGUUGCUAUUUUAAUUCAAUUAUUACUUAUGUAUAAUUUACAAUGUACAUACAAUUUACCGAGCAUUCUAGAAUCUAGUUUCUGAUUUUGAAAAACGUCUCAAAAAUAAAAAUAGAUCUACUGACUGAUUAUAACUAAAAUGUUGUAUAGCUGACAGAAUAAUAUUUUUGAUAGUAUAAAUAAUAAUAAUUCCAAUGAGAAAAAAAAUAUGGAGCCCACAAAAUGAAUGGAAUGUUUAGACUCGUAAGCUCAACACACUCAAAAUAAAAAAAUAAUAAUUUGAUUUUUGUGGAGAACUGAAAUUUUUAAACACACAUCUUACACUUGAUUUUUUUGUCUAAAAUCAAAAACCAAAGCCAAAUAGAAUAUUUAUUUGUACUGUAAACAAGAGCUUAACAAAAAGUCAAGGCAAAAGUAGGUUUCAGUUCCACUUCACAUGGGAUACAAAAUAAUAAAACAAAUUACAAAUUAUAAACUUUAUUUCAGUGGAAUACAAAAACCUAUUUGAUCUAUUUGAAAACCUCUAAAAUUUGAAAUUGAUAACUUGUAAUUUGCACAAAGUAGAUAAAUGAAACAAAAUGUACAUAUCUGAAUCACACCCAGAGAAAUGAAAAAAAAAAAGUACAAUCUAUAGCACAAAUAGACAAUGAAGUCAACCCACUGAAUAAACACAUGAAGGACAAACAUUGAGUGCUACAAACAGUUUCAAAACACAAGCUAAAACACACACAAAAAAUAUAAUAUUUUUAACAAAUAUGGCAACCCUCUAAAAUCUUAUGUAAUUAUAUGCCUCUUGUUUUUAAUCAUAUUGACAACCAUGUUUUUCUGUAUCAUAUUGACAACCAUGUUUUAAUUAUUUAAAAACUUUUUUAACUGCUAUAUUAGUAAAAGAUAAUUUUGCAUAUUUUCAUAAAAUAAAGUAUCUAUUAAUUGAGCAGACAUGUGGUACAUUUGGGAAAAAAAAAUCAUAAAUAAAUAGCACAACUGCAAAUAAUAUAUUAGAACUAUGAAUAGAAAUGGUGGGAGCAUUCAUUCAGUGGUAGUCAACAAUACUGCUGACAAGGGAUGAUUCAUUAAAUUAAUGGACAUUGAAUGCAGAAGACAAAUGUCAUAAUUAAUAUUAACUAAAUGAUAAAAAAAAAAAAUAACAAA